UUUGCAGCUUCCUACUUUAUUCCUCCAAACAUUGCUGAAUAUUCCAUCGCAUGAAUUUGCCGUAUUCUUAUACUCCAAUGAUAGUAUGUCCUUUAAUCAGUUACGUACUGCAUUUGCUAUUAGACAUAUAUGAGAAAGAAAGAAAGAAAGAGAUGGAGAGAAUAUUGUCACUUGUUUCUUUGUUUCUGUUUCUCUAUGCAGUUGAAGUGGUUUCUUUUUCCUCUGGGCAUCCCCUUUGCUCUUCUCAUGAUUAUCUAGCACUUGUACAGUUUAAGCAUUCUCUUAACGUGACAACCGCCUAUUAUUAUGAUGAAGAUUGCGAAUCUUCUGCUCCUAAGACGGCAUCUUGGAAUACCAGUAGCAUGGAUUGCUGUACGUGGGAUGGAGUUACCUGUGAUAGCAUCACAGGCCAUGUCAUUGGUUUGGAUCUCAGUUGUAGCAGACUUGAAGGAACGAUCCAUCCCAACAGUAGCCUUUUCCAUCUUCGUCAUCUUCAAACGCUCCAACUUUUCCAUAACAACUUGCGGGGUCCUAUUCCAGAAUCCAUCAGGAACCUUUCACAAAUCAUUCAUCUGGAUCUUUCAGACAACAAUUUGGAGAGCGAAAUUCCUGAUGCUUUCUCCAACUUGCAAAACCUUACACACUUACGACUAGACAACAACACCUUCACUGGCAGGUUUCCAUCUUCUCUUGUGAACUUGACAAAGCUUGAAGUUUUAAGAUUGGGAUACAAUUCACUCAGUGGUCCACUUCCUUUCACUGCCAACGGACUUCAAAAUCUAGAAGAUCUAUUUUUGUCUCAUAACUUACUCAAUGGCUCAAUCCCCUCAUGGAUGAAUAGUCUUCCUUCGUUGUUUUAUUUACGUCUGGACAACAAUCUUUUCAGUGGAUCACUCUCUCUUGGACAAAAUAAGUUGAAUGGGGAGAAGACUGGAGCACCAAUGUUUUCAAAGCUCCAGUUUCUUCAUCUUUCGUUUAAUAAUUUGAGUGGUGAGGUAGGAGCAGAAAUGUUUUCGAGCAUGAAAAACCUCUACUCUCUUGAUCUUUCUCAUAGUGGUUUAUCAUGGAGUAUCAAUAAGGACAACACCAACACCACUUUCCCUCUUCUUUAUUAUUUAGGUUUAGGCUCUUGUCGUGUGAAAGAUUUCCCAGAUUUCUUAUUGUACUCUGAGGGAUUAUCAUUUUUGGAUUUGUCGGAGAAUGAAAUUCAGGGGCAGUUCCCGAAAUGGUUUGGGGGUUUGAGUGGAUUGCAAAGCCUUAAUCUCUCUCACAACUACCUUACAAGCCUGGACCAUCUACCAAAUAGGGAGAGAAUUAUGGUACUUGAUCUACAAUCAAACUCACUCACUGGACCUCUACCGUCCUCUCUUUGCUCAUCAAAUUACAUUCGUAUUCUGGAUUUGUCUUACAAUAAUAUGAGCGGUGAUUUUUCCAAUUGUUCCUCUAUUUCUAACUGUGCUCUCAUAGUCCUAGAUUUACGAGGAAACAACUUUCAUGGUCCCAUUCCAAACAUAUUCUCCCAGUGUGAUUGGUUACGUCAUAUUGGUUUGAGUGAAAAUCAAUUGGAAGGUCCAAUCCCGAGAUCGCUAGUCAACUGUACAUCCUUACAAGUCCUUGAUUUGGGAAACAACAAAAUCCAUUCUACAUUUCCCACCUGGAUGGAAGCUUUGCAAGAGUUGGAGAUUCUCAUACUGAAAUCGAAUAGAUUUUAUGGACCCAUUGGUGGUGGUUUCCGAACAAAAUCGCCAUUUCCAAACUUGAGGAUCUUUGACAUCUCUGGUAAUUCAUUUUCUGGCUCUUUACCUACAGAAGUUCUAAAAGGUUUCACAGCUAUGAUGAACAUGGAUGCACACAAAUCAAGACUGGGAUAUAUGGAGGGAGAAGACGAUUUUGGAAACUAUAGAGCAAACUACAGGUUUUCAGUGACGUUAGUGAUGAAAAAUCAAGAAAUUGAAUUCACAAGGAUCUUGAAGAUUCUUACAACAUUCGAUUUAUCAAAGAACAAGUUUGAGGGAGAAAUCCCUAAGUUCAUUGGGAACUUGAAUUCACUCCGGCUGUUGAAUUUAUCUCGCAACAACCUCAGUGGGCAUAUUCCUGUUGAAAUGAAGAACAUGAGCGCUCUUGAAGCUUUGGACCUUUCAUUUAACCAGCUUACCGGCAAAAUUCCAGUGGAAUUGGCAAUCCUAACAUUUCUUGCAGUCCUAAAUCUGUCACACAACCAUCUCGUUGGACCUAUUCCCCGCAGUAACCAGUUCAAUACGUUUCCAAAUGAUUCCUAUUUUGGAAACUCGGAAUUGUGUGGAUUUCCGUUGUCAAAAGAAUGUGGGCAGCGUAAGAGUGCAUCAGUACCGGUAUCGCUGUUUGAACAAGAAGAAGAAGAAGAGCCAGGUUUUCUUAGUGAAAUGACUUGGCAAUCUGUUCUAAUUGGUUAUGGUUGUGGCUUGACUUUUGGAUUUGCCAUAAUGUAUCUCAUAUACCGCAUUCAAAGGCCAAGAUGGUUCAUAGACUUAUUAGAGACUAUCAAUCAUGAAAUGAUAUACAGAAUACAGAGGGGACGUAAAAGGCGUGGGAACAAUCGCAGAAGAAGACAGUGAAAAUCUCUGAGGAUCUUUACCUAUGGUGGUACUAAAAGGUUUCAAAGCUAUGAUGAAUAUGGAUGGACAUAAAUCAGAAUUGGGGUACAAUGUUGAGGUCAUUUUUAGUUUCUCAGCUGCUACUGCAUUGUAUGCGGAUUCGAUGACGUUAGUGAUCAAAAAUCAAGAGACUAAAUUCAACAAGAUCUUGAAGAUUUUCACAGCAAUCGAUUUGUCAAGGAACAAGUUUGAGGGAGAAAUCCCUAAAUUGAUUGGGAACUUGAAUUCACUUCCGCUGCUGAAUUUAUCUCACAACAACCUCACAGGGCACAUUCCUAUUGAAAUGAGGAACAUGAGCACUCUUGAAGCUUUGGACCUUUCAUAUAACCAGCUUACCGGAAAAAUUCCAGAGGAAUUGGCAAGUUUAACUUUCCUCGAGGUUCUAAAUCUGUCACACAAUCAUCUCGUUGGACCUAUUCCUCGUAGCAACCAGUUCAAUACGUUUCCAAAUGAUUCCUAUUUUGGAAACCCUGAUUUGUGUGGAUUCCCAUUAUCAAAUGAAUGUGGGAGGAAUAAGAGCGCAUUAUCAGUUGAACAAGAAGAAGAAGAGCCUGGUUUUCUUUGCGAAAUGACUUGGCAGUCUGUCCUAAUUGGUUAUGGUUGUGGCUUGACUUUUGGAUUUGCCAUACUCUAUAUCAUAUACCGCUUUCAAAGGCCAAGAUGGUUCAUAGACUUUCUUGAAACUAUCACUCAUGAAAUGAUAUACAUUGCAAAGAGGGGAGGUCGAAGGCGCAGGAACAAUCGCAGAAGAAGACAGUGAAAUCCAUGAGGAAAUUAAUCAAUAGUCGCCUUAUUGUUCAUUAUUCAGUCUUUACAGAAAUAAAGUAACUUAGUAGAAGUA